AUGAUGCUUAGCCCGGACCAAGCUGCCGACUCCGACCACCCGUCCUCGGCGCCCUCCGACCCGGAGUCCCUGGGCGGCGCGGAUGCCCAGGCGCUCAGCUGCUGCGUCUCCGACCCGGAGCCCGCCGAGGGCGGCGGCAGCGAGGGCCGGGGCGGCGGCGGCGGCGGCGGCGGCGGGGAGGGCCGCGGCGGGGGCCGGCCUGGGCUGCACCCGCCGCCGCUAAGCCGGGAGGAGAAGCGCCGGCGGCGUCGCGCCACGGCCAAGUACCGCUCGGCCCACGCCACGCGUGAGCGGAUCCGCGUGGAGGCCUUCAACCUGGCUUUCGCCGAGCUGCGCAAGCUGCUGCCCACCCUGCCUCCCGACAAGAAGCUCUCCAAGAUCGAGAUCCUGCGCCUCGCCAUCUGCUACAUCUCCUAUCUCAACCACGUGCUGGACGUGUAG